AUUAACAUGGAUUUAAUAGAUUUAGGCAAAUUAAGUCGAAAUAACAUAGAAGAUUACAUAUAAGAAGCUUUCAGGCCUUAAUCUUAAGUCAACAUGACCUUAUGUAUUAAAAUUACCUAUCAAAGUAUAUAAAUACAAAUAAUAAUGAUAGUCAAUUAAUCCAAACCUAAUAUGCCAAAUAAUCAAUUUAUUAUGCCCAAUAAUUAAUUUAAUAUACCCAAUAAUCAAUUUAAUACACCCACUAAUAAAAAUACUCCCACUAAUUCUUUUUAUAGAUUAAAUAGUUACUCUAAUUAAACAUUUGACUUCUUUAUUAAUACAACUCUAAUCCAACCUGAUAUCAAAUUAUAAAAAUUACAAAAGUAAUAAAAUUUUUAGAGCUAAUAUCAUCAUGUGAUUCCAUAAUGUGAGGAUUUUUAUAUAAAUGGCUAAAACCCUUAAAAUUUAUUUAAACUGUUUUUGAAUUUCAUUUAUACUGGAAAAAUUAAUUAUAAAAUUAAAGAAGAUUAUUUACCCUUGCUCAAACUAGCAAUCUAUUUUUAAUGCGAUAUUUUAAUAGAUUGUUUAAUAAAAUAAGUAAAACACGAAGCAAUAGUAAGAAACUAUUUUUUAACCUUCAUAAUUGAUAUUUUCUAAGAUCAUAGUUAUUUUUAAGUUCUUCUCUCUAAUUAGAAUAAAAAUGCUAUAAAUUUUUUCGAGAAAAUGAUUCUUGAAAAUGCUCCUAUUAUUUUAAGUCAUACAUAAUGGCAUAAUUAUAAUAGAAAAGAAGCCUAAGAAAAAAUUUAAAUAGGUAUCUUUGUUUAUAAUAUUGUAGCAUUUAAGUAAGUUUCAAUUAAAUUAUUUAAAGAAAUUGCCAAAGUCUUUGUUAAAUUUGAUUAAAAAAAUGUUAUUUAUUUAACUUAAUUUCUAUAUUUUGUUGAAUAGUAUUCUAAUCCUUAGGUAGAUUUAAUGGAAGACAUAUAUUUAGGAAUAGUAUUAUAAUUUGUAGAUGAAAUGUUUGUUAUAAAAAACAGUUAAUGGCUCACCAAUAAAUGCUAAAAGAUAUUUGAGCACGCAAUAAAAAAAAUAGAAAAUCAACCUUAUCAUAUGAUGCACUCAAAAACAUGCGAUUUAGUGUAUAUAUAUUAAAUUUAUUUCAGAAAUAAAUCUUUUCAAGCUACUUGUUCACAUCAAAUUUGUCUGAAUUGUUUUUAUUAAUAUUUACUUUAUCGUUCGAAAUUUAAAUAAUAAAAUUAGAAUAAUCCACAAAAAAUUAGAUGUUUUAGAAGAUUCAUUGAUGUAGAUUAAUGUAAUGGCUGUUUUGAAGAUUCAGAUUUCUUAUAAUUAAAAGAAUAUUAAGUUUAAGAUCUUUUAAACCUUUACCUUUAGGAAAAAAUUUGA